GAUGAGUGAAUAUCGCCUUGUGUUUUCCUUGUGCACGAUCGUAUCAUGCGGAAUAUUUGGCAACCCUAGCACGUCAUCUUAAACUUCCAAUCAGUAUGUACACGCCGUACCGGUGCUGCUGCAGUACCCGGCCAUACAAUAUUCUAUCAGCCCGAGAGAUACGCGAAGGGAAGUUUCGACCACAGGCAGUGAUGUAACGUCUUGCAAUAUGCGCGCGCCGUUCAAUGUCGUCAGUUGUUACGGGCGCUCGGCGAAAGUCUAUUUGAAGACUAUCCUACAUCGAAACCAUCUCACCAUCGUAAUUAUUUGCUACUAUUUUAUUUAUAUGGUAUUGCGAGGAUUACUUUAAUGUGUUCUUCUAUCCACUGCAUUUUGUGUCGCAAGACUGCCUCCGCAACAACGAAGAACCGGGUUCUCGAUUUCCCUGCCUUCCGUAUUCCUGUUGUUCUUGUGAUUUUGUAUGGAAUCAUUCCGACCAUCUCAGCUGACUAUAAUGAUUUUUCGCGGAAUCGCCCGGUUUCCCGGAUGAGCCGGAAUGUCGAAAUGGUCGUUCCUCCUCCCCAACCAUGGGCUAUCUAUAUCCCAGACCAGUGCAUUUCGUUCCUAGAAAGUAUCAAUCAAGCAAAAGGCGAAGAAGGAUGGUGUCCUGGAAUAACGGACGAGGUUCUGUGCUGGCCGGCUGCACCACCAGGCGAAACGAUCACGCAACUGUGCCCGCGAAUGCAAGGCGUUGAUCCCACCAAAUAUGCUAAAAAGAUUUGUGGAUCGGACGGGAAAUGGACGGGACUGCCGGGUGGAGACCAUGGAGAAGCCGGAUACACUCACUACGAUGAUUGCUUCACAGACGACACAAAAGCGCUGUUUGAAGUGUUCCUCGGCGAUUCAAAUAACACGAACGAGCGAUUUGAAGUACUACAUAAAGCCCGUGCCAUCGAAAUGUCAGGAUUUCCAUUGUCUUUUAUCUGCGUUUUGGUGUCUUUGUUUAUAUUUCGAUAUUUCCGGAGUUUACGAUGUGCGCGAACGACCAUCCACGUUCAUUUAUUCAUUGCCAUUGCGAUAAUGACACUCAGCAAGACAACCGAAAUUGCCGAUCAGAUCAUUUCCGGUUACGGAAAGACGUCCCACAGCUCUGGAACCAUAUCAAGUUUAAGAUCAAUGCGACCUUUAUGUGAAAUUCUGGUCAUUGUCAUCGAAUUCGGCCGGACGGCAAUGUUCAUGUGGAUGUUCUUGGAGGGGCUGUAUAUGCACAAUGCCGUGGCCUGGAAGGUUUUCGAAGCUUCAAAACCUAAUUAUUGGCUAUACUGCGCUGUGGGUUGGGGCUUUCCGGCACUAUUAGUAUCGGCUUGGGCGCCAAUUGUUGAGUUCGUCUGGCUGCAUGAAAGGUUUCUGUCACGGAAUAAAACGAACGAAGAUAUGUGCUGGUAUCAGCAUGCGGGAAGUCUUUUCUACUACAUCCUAGAAGUCCCACGGCAUUUCUUUAUCGCCAUAAACCUGAUUUUUCUGAUUAAUAUUAUCCGGGUGCUUCUGACGAAACUUCGCGAUUCCCAUCAAUCGGAUACCGUACAAAUAAGAAAAGCCGUCAAAGCAACAAUCGUAUUAGCACCUCUUUUGGGUGUCACAAAUCUCAUCUGGGCGGUACCGCCGCCGAUAAAUAGCGAAAUACCAUACGCGGCAUACGCCGGCUUCAUGUAUGUUUCGCAUUUUCUGCGGUCAUUUGAAGGGUUUUUCGUGUGCCUUGUGUACUGCUUUUUAAAUGGCGAGGUGCAGUCCGCCAUUCGUUCAGCAUGCCAAAGACGAGCCAUCCAGCGCGAGACAAACCGCAACGCUGCUCGUAGAGUAAGCAGUUUAUCUUCCUCCCAUCUAACGCGGUACAUGCAAGUUAACCGGGAAUCAGUCCAAAGCGAACCAAAUAGGCGCGAGCCUUCCAAUCGUUUCCUGAAACUAUUUCCAUGUUGGGCCAAUACAAGGACACUGGGAGGCAGUGCAAGAAACAGCCGGAAGCCGUCGCAAAUUCCAAAUGAUACGACGACCACGUCGAUGCAUUUCCCUUUCAACGGCACAAUAAAAGAGGAAAGGGAAGAGAAUAUCGAGAUGUGAUAAGUUUGCCUGAUGCAGCUCAAGAGACAAUCCUCCAUGAGAUUACAAUUAAAACACUGUUAUUUAUUAUUCGAAAGAUUUUUCUCUCGCGUUGUAUACAGAAUGACAUUGUAGUUUUUGUUUUAUUUAAAACCAGUGCUGCUCUUUUUGCGAGCACACUGGAUUUUUAAUUUAUUUGUUGAAGGAACCUUUGUUGUCCCUCACCUUGGCAUUACGGAUCUGAAUGGUUCUGAAUCAUAGUAUUGUUAACCAGAUGUUACUCUGAUUUGAUGUGUGAAUGACAUUCCGAAAAACAUAAAACUGUAUAAAAUAAUAAAAAAU